AACUGGUGCUUGUUUCCGGCCGGACGCCAGAAAGCCACCGAUCCUGAGCCAGCCGCCGGAGUCAGAGCGGCGACCCGGCGUAGAGCAGGCGAAAAGCCACUGGGGAGAGGCCAACCCCGACCAGUCCCGCCUGGCUCCAGCUCCAGAUCCUGUUGGGAGCAGCAGCCGCGGUCGCAGUGUCCGCCUCCGCCUCCGCCUCCAUUGUCGUCGGGGGAGGGGCCGCUCGGACCCCGGGGUCACUGCCGAGGAAUGAGGAGAGGCAGCCGGGCCCCGCGCUCCGCCCCGGCCUAGGGCCUUGCCCCGAAAGUCGCGAGGGAUGAUAUGGAAGUACAAAUAGGGGCAAGAGGCAAAGACAGCAGAAGUAAAAUUUGAACAUUCCUGCAGCAUGCAGUUUGUAGUAUAUGGUCAACAUAACAUUUAUAAAUGAAUAGAGGAAAGCUGGAUGUGGUGGUGCACGCCUUUAGUUCCAGCACUCGGGAGGCAGAGGUAGAAGCCUGAAUUUUCAUCUAUGUUCUGCUCACAUCCUGCUGCCUAAAAGCACCUGAUGAUCACAUGACCCUGGACAUGGAUGCUGUCCUGUCGGAGUUUGUCCGUUCCACAGGUGCAGAGCCGGGGCUGGCCCGAGAUCUUCUGGAAGGAAAGAACUGGGACGUGAGUGCUGCCCUUAGUGAUUUUGAACAGCUACGUCAAGUCCAUGCUGGGAACCUGUCUCCACCCUUUAGUGGAGGGAGUAGUUGCUCAAAGACCCCUGAAAAAGGGUGUUCUGAUAGAGAGUCCACUUGUCCUCCCCGACCCAUCCUUCAGAGACAAGAUGACAUCAUUCAAGAAAAACGCCUGUCUAGGGGUAUCUCCCACGCCAGCUCCAGCAUUGUUUCCCUGGCCCGGUCCCAUGUCUCCUCCAAUGGUGGGGGUUGGGGGAGCAGUGAGCACCCCCUGGAAAUGCCCAUCUGUGCCUUCCAGCUUCCAGAUCUCACUGUGUACAAAGAAGACUUCCGCAGCUUCAUAGAGAGAGACCUCAUUGAGCAGUCCAUGCUGGUUGCCUUGGAACAGGCAGGGCGUUUGAAUUGGUGGGCUAGUGUGGACUCCACCUGUCAGAGGCUGCUUCCUUUGGCAACUACUGGAGAUGGGAACUGCCUCCUGCAUGCAGCCUCUCUUGGGAUGUGGGGUUUCCAUGAUCGGGACUUGGUGCUGAGGAAAGCUUUAUAUGCACUGAUGGAGAAGGGAGUAGAGAAGGAAGCAUUGAAAAGGCGCUGGAGGUGGCAGCAAACACAGCAGAAUAAAGAGUCAGGGCUGGUAUAUACUGAAGAUGAAUGGCAAAAAGAAUGGAAUGAGUUGAUCAAGCUAGCCUCAAGUGAACCCAGAAUGCAUCUAGGUACCAAUGGAGCCAGUGGUGGUGGAGUGGAGAGUUCAGAGGAGCCCGUGUAUGAGAGCCUAGAAGAGUUCCAUGUCUUUGUCCUUGCUCAUGUGCUCAGGAGGCCCAUAGUUGUCGUGGCCGACACCAUGCUGAGGGACUCCGGAGGGGAAGCAUUUGCCCCUAUUCCUUUUGGAGGAAUCUAUCUGCCCUUGGAGGUUCCAGCCAGCCAGUGUCACCGAUCUCCUCUGGUGCUUGCCUAUGAUCAGGCCCACUUUUCUGCACUUGUAUCCAUGGAGCAGAAAGAGAAUGCCAAGGAACAAGCUGUGAUACCGCUCACAGAUUCAGAGCAUAAGCUGCUGCCUCUGCACUUUGCUGUGGACCCAGGAAAGGGCUGGGAGUGGGGCAAAGAUGACAGUGACAAUGUCCGAUUGGCCAGUAUAAUUCUAUCCCUGGAGGUCAAAUUGCAUCUGCUGCAUAGCUAUAUGAAUGUGAAGUGGAUCCCGCUGUCCUCUGAUGCACAGGCUCCUCUGGCCCAGCCUGAGUCCCCAACAGCAUCAGCUGGAGAUGAGCCCCGAUCCACUCCUGAAUCUGGAGAAUCAGACAAGGAGUCGAUUGGCAGCAGUUCUACCAGCAAUGAGGGUAACAGGCGGAAGGAGAAGUCAAAAAGAGAUCGGGAAAAGGACAAGAAAAGAGCAGAUUCUGUGGCUAACAAACUGGGCAGCUUCGGCAAAACCUUGGGCAGCAAGCUUAAGAAGAACAUGGGGGGCCUGAUGCACAGCAAGGGCUCCAAGGCUGGAGGGGUGGGAAUUGGGUCAGGGGUAAGCAGUGGCACCGAGACACUGGAGAAGAAGAAGAAGAAUAACUCACUGAAGAGCUGGAAGGGUGGCAAGGAGGAGGCAGUGGGGGAUAGGCCUGUAUCUGAGAAGCCCACAUCAGAGUCUGUUGGCAAUGGAGGGAGCAAGUAUAGCCAGGAGGUGAUGCAAAGCCUGAGCAUUAUGAGGAUUGCAAUGCAAGGGGAGGGCAAAUUUAUUUUUGUUGGAACCCUGAAGAUGGGUCAUCGGCACCAAUAUCAGGAGGAGAUGAUCCAGCGCUACCUUUCAGAUGCUGAGGAGAGAUUCCUGGCAGAGCAGAAGCAGAAGGAGGCUGAAAGGAAAAUCAUGAAUGGAGGGCUAGUUAGUGGGCCUCCUCCAGCCAAAAGGCCCGAGCCAGAUGGUGGGGAGGAGCAGCCUAGUACCUCCCCAGCAGAGUCCAAGGCAAUGGCAUUCUCCACUGGCUACCCUGGGGGCUUUACUAUCCCUAGACCUUCUGGGGGUGGAGUCCACUGCCAGGAACCCCGAAGGCAGUUAGCAGGGGGUCCAUGUGUAGGGGGGGUACCACCAUAUGCCACCUUUCCCAGACAGUACCCUUCUGGGCAACCCUACCCUCACCAGGACAGCAUCCAUUCUCUGGAGCCAGGCAAGGAUGGAGCUCACAGGGGUGCUUUGUUACCACUCCAUUUCCGCGUGGCUGAUUCCUAUAGCAAUGGCUACAGAGAGCCUCCUGAGCCAGAUGGAUGGGCUGGUGGUCCCCGGGGGCUUCCCCCAACCCAGACCAAAUGCAAACAACCGAACUGCAGCUUCUAUGGACACCCUGAGACAAACAACUUCUGCUCUUGUUGUUAUAGGGAAGAACUGAGGAGGAGGGAACGGGAACCCAGUGGGGAACUGCUGGUACACAGGUUCUGAAUGGGUAGAACUGAGGAGGAGGGAACGGGAACCCAGUGGGGAACUGCUGGUGCACAGGUUCUGAAUGGGUAGAACCUUGAAGGGAAACAGCUAAACAAAAUUUAAGCUCAAAUCUUUGGCUCAUCAAGACCCAGCCAUGAUGUUGAUUGGGCAAGUGCAGAAAUGUUUGUGGGGCCUAGAAACUUAAAAUGAGUGUGUAUGCUGGUGUGCUGCCAGCCUGGCAAGAGCUGGACAGGGCUGUAACAGUGCCUCAAGGGCUGGACUAUUCCUUUACAGAGUUCGACUUGAGACUACAGAGGUAGAGGGGGAAGAUUGUGAUUCUAGCUCAUAACCCCUUGGGGUUACUUCCCAGGCCUAAGGAAAUGCAGGGAAAUGCUUGGUGUAUGGGGGUGGGAAGUGGGUGGACAUCUGGGGGAGGAACGUGUAAACAAGGUUCUCAGUCAGUUAAAGGAAAAAAAUAGACCAAAGUUCAUUUAGGUUAGGAAAAAAAGCACAGGGGGUGGAGCUGGGAGUAUAGAUCGAAACUGAGAUCAAACAAAUUUGAUUUGGGUUUGAAUUAGAUAUUAGGGUUGGAUAAAUUCUUCCUCAUGAAGGAUCAAGGCAGUAAUGUGUGUUCUUGGUCUGGUUAGAAAGAAAGGAUAGUUUAAAUCCCAGUUUAUGGACAUAGGAAAGCGAGGAACUUAAAUAAGGGUUUUCUUUUUCCUCUUUAUGUUUUAUUUUCUUCUAGAUAGUCGCCUGCCAUCUGUUCUAGUUUUAGGGAGAUUGCCUAUUGCCCCCUGUCUUUUCCUCAUCCUUGCUGAGGACAGCUAACUUAAGAAGUUGUGAUUUUUUUUUUUUUGAAAGAUUUUAUUUUAAAAGAAAGUUCCCUCUGAGAAAGAUAAGAGCAUUGAGAAGAGAAGCUAUGGGCACUGAAUUUUCUUCAGCUGAAUGGUACAGAGUGAUCUAUUUUUUUAACUACUUAGCAAUAACCACAUGUGGGGUUUGAAUGCACCUAAGGAGCGGUGGAAGGAGGCCAGAUAUUUGGCCAGACUGUUUCAAACAAAACCAAAAACCUACAUAAAACCCUCUAUACUCUGCUGCUGUGUUUCUGUAGAAAGCAACUUAUUUUAUUGACUAAUUUUUUAAAGAAAAAGACCCAAACAAGAUUUUUUUAAUUACUAUCUCCCCCCCCCCCCCCGCAAGUGAUUUUUUUUUUUCUCCUUCCUGUCUACUUUUGGAGAAGGAACCUAACAUCUUGGCUUCUUUUGUUAAGCCAUAGCUGACCUUAAUCUGUGGUUAGUUUAUUAAAAUAACAAAAAAUACUUUGUAAGAAAAGUUAUUUUUGAUAUUAGGACUGAAACAUGGGAUGGGGCUAGGGGCCAUUUAUAAAGGUAACUAGAGAAAUAUAUUUUAGUGAACUACAGCUACAGGCCACAGAUUAGUCCUAGUGAGCUGAUCUGCUGGAUUGCUCCCUUUCCCUGAGCCAACCCUGUUCUCUAGCGGGUGGGAGUGGACACAGUGAGAGCUCCCUUGCAAUUUGCACAAAGCACAAGUCUGGACAGCUUAUUCUCUGGCCAGAGCCGUAUCUAAGAGCUUUAAACCAGAAGACUAUCCUGGGCCAAUUUUCUUUUUAUUUUUUCUAGGGAAAAAAAUCAUCUAUGCAAUUAUCUACACUCCUGGGUGCAUAUGAAGAAGGGGUAUAAGUGUACUUAAGUGUCCAGAGUGCUAGCAGGCUGCUUCCAUACUGGCAUGUCUCUCUUGAGGUUUAUACCCAUCAGCCAUCUAGUGAAAUGUAAUCCUUACAUGUGAUCCAAGUCACACAUGGCACUGUGCGUGUAUGUGUGUGAAUUGUGUAUGUGGUGUGGAGAUUGUCUACAUGUUUCUUCUGUCUAGUCAGGAAAAUUAUUCUAUGUGCCUCCCCCCAACUCAGUUAAGGAGGAACAGUUCCUUUUUCCUCAACAAAUUUGAAAGUCACUUAUGUUCCAAGUCUGUCACUCUGUGGAUUUAAUAAGUUCCUAUUGUGAUUUUUAGACUUUUGUUUCUUUGCUAUGUAACCCUGGCUGGUAAUACUUGCUGUUAUAGCCUAGGCUAGCCUUGAAUUCAUAGCAACCCUCCUGUCUCCGUCUCCUGAGUGCUGGGAUACGGUUGUGAGCCCCCACACCCAGAUUUCUUAGGGCUGGACCCUGGUCUGAGAGGAGUGUUCCCCACGGUGCAUAAUUUAAAGGAUUUUUUUUUUUUUUUUUGAGACAGGAUCUCACUCUGUAGGCCAGGCUGGCCUCAAAUUUGUGAUUCUCCUGCCUCAGCCUUUCAAGUGCUGGAAUUACCCCACACCCAUAGAUAUGUUUCUAAAAUUUCAGUAUUUAAAACAUUAAUAACCCCAAACCUAUAUUGAACAAAAUAUCAAAACCUUAGGCUCUAACAGGAAUGGCACUAGGGUAAGAGAAAUGAGCCUCUAUUAAACAAACGUGGGAUGAAUCCUGUCUUCAUUUAAAUUUUGGUAUGUUCAUAAUUUUUUACAUUUUAAUUUAAAAAGAUAGUGCAUCAGGAUAGUAUUUAUCUUGAUUGGUGGGUCUUAAGCACUCCUUCAGUUGUGUGCCCAAGGUGAGUGCCUUGUUCAGUCCCAUAGGUUUGUCUCAUUUCUGAAGUUUGAACAACACUAGUGAGACUGCCAUCAACUGAGCUUCUAUCCCUUACACACUAGACACCAGCAGCUCAAACCCUCACCCUCAUUUGCACUGCUUGCACCACUCCUAUAUCAUAGGAUGCUGGCCUGGUAACAGACCAGGGGUUUUCCCAGAGAAGAAAACAAGGGAAGUUGGUUCUCCAUUGGACUGCUGUGUUUGAACUUGAUCUGUUAUUAGAUUGUAUUUAACACUUUUGUUUUUAAAAACUGAGGACAAAUGAAAAACAGAAACCUG